AAAAAAAAACCCACUCUUCUACCCUCUUUAUCAAUUCUUCUCCACCGCGUUUGACUUCACCGCCUUUUAUUCUCACUUCUUUCUUCUUCACUCUUCCUUCGCCUUCCGGUUUUUGGAUCCCACCGCCUCAUCUCUCUGCCUCCACUCAGAUAGUCGUUCUAACUGGUCUCUAGAUCCUUCUUAUUCGCACAACACAUUUACGGGUUAUGCUUAUCGUUCCAAUCCUCCAUUUCUUCAUCUCACUGUCAAUCCACAGUCGGUCUCCUCCUUCUUUAGCUGAAGAACCCUCUACUUGAUCCAGGUGACCGCCUCAAAUUGAGUACUUUUGUUGUUCAAGAUUGUGUGUGUUUUGAAAGACUAGAAAAGAACGCCCAAGACAGAGAGACUGGACGAUGUCAAAAGGGACGCAGGAAGAAACAGAAGGUUCGUCGGAUCAUGAAUCCGACUUCCAAACUUGCAGGUUGAUGGAAGUCAUAUCGGUGCUCAUGGAACUUUUGAGAUUCAGGUUCGUUGCGAAUCCCUCUCUAAUUCAUCUGCUCAUUAUCCCUACGUUUUUAUGUAAGAUAAUGAAAUAUUCAUCCGCUUACUGGGGCUCCCAGUUGAUAAUCAAAACACAGCGGUUGCGAUGACAACACUGAGGAAUCAUUUCAAUCGAACAAAGAAUUUCCCUUUUGUGAAGAGAAUUUCAGAGUUCCAUGUGAUGCUUUUGUUGUUCUUGGCUGAUGGAUUUGAGUCUACAGGUGAAAAAAGAUGUGAAAAGAGUUGCAGGUUAAGAUGGAAACAAAGAUCAUUAUCACAAUUAACAGCAACAUCUGAUUCAUUAGUAACAUAGACAGCACUAACAAUCCAUUGUAGUGUUCGGUUUAAUUUGUUUCCGAUUUCAGAAAUCUUAAAUUUAAGUUUUUUGUUUUAUUUACGGGACAGUUUAUCAAAGGGAUGUUAAUCACAAUGAAAACCGUAGACCAAAGGUUACAGUUUAUAUUAAUUUAUUUCAUAACCUAGACCAAUUUUCAGCAAGGGUAAGUAUGAAUGUAUUAUCAGUUUACAACUUUUUGCUGAAAUUAUUUUGUUUCUAUGGUAACAUGUGUUUUUAUUGUGGUUUAUUUCAGAAUUGGAACAUAUUCUCACUGACAUCCUCAACCAGGUCCAUAUAUCUACACGCCAUAUUUCAUUAUUUUCAAUCAGAUUUCAUUUUUAAUUUUUGCUGAUAAUAUCAACUUUGUUUUUUAUUUUUUUUAUUGUAACUGGACCAGAUAAUAUGGGUAGGUUCAGAAAGUUAGCAAGCAGAGAACUUCCAGAGGCGAUGAAACAGUCCUUACAUACAUUAAUUGCAGUUUUUUUUCAAUUAAAUUACAGUUUUUCCGGUGUUUUUUUUUUUUUGUAUAAAGGUCGAAAAAAAUAUUUUUUUUCCGGUCCUUAUUCGUUUUUUUUUAACGUUUUUGGUCUUUGUCCUAUGUUUAUUUUAUUAUUAAAUUGGGGGUAGGUGUAGGGAUGAUUUUGCCUUUGUUUAGUAAAUAUGUUUCCUUUUUUUUCCAUUGUCAUUUAUCUCAUCUAUUUUGGACAUGAGACUAACAUGCAACUUUAUCCUUUGUUGUUCUUUUUACUAUCGAGUUACACCAUGGCAUUUUCAAACAUAUGAAAAGACUUGAUAAUGAAGGAUGCACCUGGGUAUUUUGUAGCAUCUGAAAUGACUUGAUAAUGAAGAGGUAAGUAUGAUUUUUUUCUAAUAACUCAACCAUGAUUCGAUUUCCAGAAAUUUUACUCCAUAUAAUCUAUUUUACUGCCCCGCUUUUGCAUCCCUUAAAAAUCUAUAAUUAAGGCAUAUAUUUAUACUAACAUUAUUCUAAGUUCUUUAUCUACACUACUAAAAUUGCAAUUAAGCCAAAAUCAUUGAAGAUAAGAGCCUCUGCCGGAAGAAUGCAUGAAACUAUAUGUGUGAGGAUAAUAUCCUACUAAAAUAAGAAAAAUAUGAAGAUGUUUCAUGCGUUAGUUACCACUUCUACAAAAGAAGGUGUCAUUUCGUUAUGAAGAAACGAUUUUGGGUCCGACGAAUAAUUAGAAGCUUGGUUAUGAGAAUAUAUGUGUCUCUACAAGUAAGUGUGUGGUGCAAAAACAGGAAGAUCGUGAACAAUGAAAUAGGAAAAGAUAUGAGGUUGGUGGAAUGCCUUGCAGCAAGAAGAAAAAUGCAAUGCGAAUGCUUAAUUAUUUAUUUCCGUGGAUUAUGA